AUGGAAAUUUCUGAACUUGAAAAUCAAUUGUUAGUGUCUGCUUCCAAUGAAAACGCAAAUAAUAUACAAAAUGAAGAACUACUUCUUCCUAUUGAUAGAAUAUCAUCACCAGAAAUACAAGUUGAACUUGAAGCAGAAGCAUUAGACAACAAUGAAGGAGAAAAUCAAAGUGGAGAAGAUGAAGAGGUAGAAGACAAUGAAGAUGAGGGUGUUAUUCACAAAAAUAAAAGGAAGAAAACCUCCUUUGUCUGGCAACAUUUUAAAGAAGUGAAAUUGUCUAAUGGGGUUGUGAAGAAUCAAUGUGUUCAUUGCAAAAGAAAAUAUGCUAUAACUGACUCAAAAGCUACAAGUCAAUUGAAUAGGCAUUUGAAGAAUAAUUGUCCUGGCUACAGAAAAAUGGUGUUGGCAAAACAAAAAAAAUUGAACUUCUCUCAAAGCGAUUCAGCAGAGCAUCCAAAUGUCAUUGGUCCUAUGUUAGUAACUCCUGGUGGAAAGUAUGAUCAUGCAAGACAAAGAGAAGCAACUGCACAUUGGUUAAUGAUGCACGAGCAUUCAUUUAGCAUUGUUGAAGAAUUUGGUUUUUCAUUGAUGAUGAAGUGCAAUAAUACAGCUUAUGAGAAGAUUGGUAGAAAAACGCUGAAAAGUGAUUGUCUCAAAGUAUAUGAAGCUGAAAAGAAGAAGUUAAAGGCAAGUUUAAAAGAUGUGAGUAAAAUCAGUUUAACUACUGAUUUGUGGAAAUCACAGAACCAGAAAAUUGAGUAUAUGGUUAUCACAGGUCAUUACAUUGAUACAGAUUGGAUAUUGCAAAAACGAGUUCUUAGUUUUGUUCAUGUUCCUCCACCUCGACGUGGUGUUGAUAUUGCAGAUGCCAUUUUCAAAUGUCUUAUUGAAUGGGGUAUCGAAUCAAAGAUUUAUUCUAUAUCUGUAGAUAAUGCAUCCUAUACUGACUCAUGCUUAAGGACAUUGAAGGACAUGAUUUCAAGGCAUAGAAAAUUGCUUUGUGGAGGAAAGUUGUUUCAUGUGCGAUGUUGUGCACACAUCUUAAACUUACUUGUUCAAGAUGGAUUGGGGGAAAUAGCAGGAACAAUUGAAAAUAUACGUGAGAGUGUGAAGUUUAUCAAUCAGUCUGAGGCAAGGUUGCGUACAUUCUCCGAGAUUGUUCAACAAUUGCAACUUCCUGGAAGAAAAUUGAUUCUUGACUGUCCUACACGAUGGAAUUCAACUUAUCAAAUGAUAUCUACAGCAUUGCACUUUAAGGAAGUCUUCCCUCGAUUCCAAGAUCGUGAGCCAAAUUAUAGAUAUCUUCCUGACCACGAAGAAUGGGAUAAAGUUGAAAAAAUAGCUGAAGUUCUACAAGUGAUCAAUUGUGCAACCAAUAUCAUAUCUGGAAGUGAAUAUCCUACUGCCAACCUUUAUCUUGCUGAGGUAUUUCGCAUUAAAUUAAUUUUGGAUGAAGCUGUUAAUAGUGGACCUUUUUUCAUCAAGGAAAUGGCUGCCAAAAUGAAACUGAAGUUUGAUAAAUUUUGGAGUGAAUGUAACCUUCUCAUGGCUGUUGCUACUGUUUUAGAUCCCAGAUGCAAAUUGACAGGUCUUAAAAUGUGCUUUCAGCAGAUAUAUGGGCAAGAAGCUACAAGAAAUAUGACAUUGGUGCAUCAAAUCUUGACAGAAAUGUAUCAAGAGUAUGUCAUUCUAUCCAACGAGCAAGAAGGAUCAACUUCACUGAGUGCAAGUGGCGAAAGUAAUAUCAACUCUACAAUGCAAAGUUCAAACUCCUCACAAACAGGGUGGUCAAUAAUGAUAAAUUUUGUAAAGGAUGAAGAAGCAGUUCCAGCUUUAAAAUCUGAGUUAGAGACUUACUUGGAUGAACCAAAAUAUUUUCAAAGAGAACAUGAUGUAACUAGCUUCAGUGCUUUAGAAUGGUGGAAGGUAAAUCGUGGAAAAUAUAGGAUAUUAUCUAGAAUGGCAGCUGAUGUUCUUGCUAUUCCAAUCUUAACUGUGGCUUCAGAGUCAACUUUUAGUGCUGGUGGAAGGGUAAUUGAUACAUUUCGAUCCUCACUAAGUCCGACUACAGUUGAAGCUUUAAUUUGUGGAGGAGAUUGGCUUCGAGUUUUUUAUGGCCUAAGAAACAAGUCUAAGGUUGAAGAUAGCUCUGUGGAGAUUACAUUACCAAUUUAA